CGGCGGCAGCUCUCAAUAAAGUUGUUGUUCAAACAACAUGGCGGCGCCCAUGGUGCCUGACCGUGCCGCGUUCACUUAAGGUGGGAGCCGAGGCAUCAGAGGCUAGAGAGCCUGUGUGCAGGCUCCCCACUUUCCAAGGAUGGCUCCUGCUUGGCAGAGACUGGGGCUUGGGGCCUCUCUCCUGAAAGGACAGCAGAGAAGCUGGUCAGAGGUCAUCCACUGGGGAAAGCGAGGGAUUCCGAGCUGUAGCAGAGGUAUUUACAGUGCCACUGGAAAGUGGACGAAUGAGUAUACGCUGCAGACAAGAAAGGAUGUGGAGAAAUGGUGGCACCAACAAAUCAAGGACCAAGCCUCCAGGAUAUCAGAGGUUGAUAGAUCAAAACCCAAGUUUUACGUGCUUUCCAUGUUCCCCUACCCAUCUGGUAAGCUGCACAUGGGCCACGUGCGGGUGUAUACCAUCAGCGACACCAUCGCCCGCUUCCAGAAGAUGCGAGGCAUGCAGGUUAUCAACCCCAUGGGAUGGGAUGCAUUUGGGCUGCCCGCUGAAAACGCCGCCAUUGAGAGGGACCUCCAUCCAGAAAGUUGGACACAAAGCAAUAUUGAACACAUGAGGAAGCAGCUGGAUCGGCUUGGCCUGUGCUUCAGCUGGGACCGGGAAAUAACUACAUGUUUACCAGAUUACUACAAAUGGACUCAAUAUCUCUUUAUUAAGCUCUAUGAGGCUGGACUGGCUUAUCAAAAGGAGGCCUUAGUGAACUGGGACCCAGUGGAUCAAACCGUCCUUGCCAAUGAGCAGGUGGAUGAGCAGGGCCGUUCAUGGCGCUCGGGCUCGAAGGUGGAGCAGAAGUACCUCAGACAGUGGUUCCUUAAGACGACUGCGUACGCCAAGGCCCUGCGGGAUGCGCUGACAGACCUUCCGGAGUGGUAUGGAAUCAAAGGCAUGCAGGCCCACUGGAUCGGGGACUGUGCGGGCUGCCAUCUGGAUUUCAUGCUAAAGGUGAAUGGGCAAGUCACAGGAGAAAAGUUGAGUGCCUACACAGCCACUCCCGAGGCCAUCUACGGCGCUUCCCACGUGGCCAUCUCCCCAGACCACAGGCUCCUGCACGGCCACAGCCCACUGAAGGCGGCUUUGCAGAAGGCGCUGGUCCCCGGCAGAGAUUGCCUCACGCCCGUGAUAGCUGUGAACAUGCUCACCCAGCAGGAAGUUCCUGUCGUUGUCUUGGCCAAAGCUGACUUUGCGGGCUCUCUGGAUUCAAAAAUAGGAAUCCCCAGUACCAGCGCAGAAGACACCGCCUUAGCCCAAACCCUGGGCCUAUCCUACUCAGAAGUCAUUGAAACAUCACCUGAUGGCACAGAGAGACUGCGUGACUCUGCUGAGUUCACAGGCAUGGAGCGGCCCGAUGCCUUUCUGGCCCUGACUCAGUUGGCCCGCCAGAAGAGAGUGGGUGGAGAGUUGACGAGCGACAAGCUGAAGGAUUGGCUGAUCUCACGCCAGCGCUACUGGGGCACGCCCAUCCCCAUGGUGCACUGCCCAGCCUGCGGCCCCCUGCCAGUGCCCAUCGAAGACUUGCCCGUGACCCUGCCCCGCAUCUCUUCUUUCACCGGCAAGGGAGGCUCACCGCUGGCCGCAGCUUCCGAGUGGGUGCACUGCGCCUGCCCCCGGUGCAGAGGAGCAGCCAAGAGAGAGACAGACACCAUGGAUACCUUUGUUGACUCAGCAUGGUACUACUUCAGAUACAGCGACCCUCAGAAUACUCAGAGCCCUUUUAGCACAGCUCUGGCAGAUUACUGGAUGCCUGUGGAUUUGUACAUCGGAGGCAAAGAACAUGCUGUUAUGCACUUGUUCUAUGCAAGAUUCUUUAGUCAUUUUUGCCACGAGCAAAAGAUGGUCAAGCACAGAGAACCUUUCCAUAAGCUGCUGGCGCAAGGCCUCAUCAAGGGGCAGACGUUCCGCCUCCCGUCUGGACAGUAUCUUCGGAGAGAGGAAGUUGAUGUCACAGGUCCCGUGCCCGUUCACGCACGAACGAGGGAGCCGCUGGAGGUGACGUGGGAGAAGAUGAGCAAGUCCAAGCACAACGGGGUGGACCCCGAGGAGGUGGUGGAGCAGUACGGCGUCGACACCAUCCGGCUCUACCUCCUCUUCGCCGCCCCCCCGGAGAAGGACAUCCUGUGGGACGUGAAGACCGAUGCGCUCCCCGGGGUGCUGCGGUGGCAGCAGCGUCUGUGGUCCUUGGUGACCCGGUUCAUCGAGGCCCGAACUUCCGGGGAGGUGCCCCAGCCGCCACUGCUGACUAGCCAGGAGAAAGCCAAGGCCAAGAAGCUCUGGGAGUACAAGAACUCGGUCAUCUCUCAGGUGACCGCCCACUUCACAGAGGACUUUUCCCUCAACUCGGCCAUUUCUCAGCUCAUGGGACUCAGCUCGGCACUGAUGCAAGCCUCGCAAAGGCUCGUGCUCCACAGCCCCGAGUUUGAGGAUGCCCUGUGUGCGCUGCUGGUGAUGGCCGCUCCCAUGGCCCCCCACGUCACGUCGGAACUCUGGGCAGGCCUGGCGCUGGUACAGAAGAAGCUGUGCUCACACUACACCUGGGACGCGGGCGUGCUGGCUCAGGCGUGGCCCUCCGUGGACACGCAGUUCCUGCAGCAGCCGGACGUGGUACAGAUGGCCGUGCUGAUCAACAACAAAGCAUGUGGCAAAAUCCCUGUGCCGCAUCAGGUCGCCCGGGACCAGGACAAAGUCCGUGAACUUGUUCUGCAAAGCGAGCUGGGCAUGAGGCUCCUGCAAGGGCGAAGCAUCGAGAAGGCUUUCCUCUCUCCCAGAACCGCGCUCAUCAACUUCCUGGUGCAGGAGUGACUGUGUGUGGGCCGGCGGUGACAUUGGGGCUUCGGUCAGCCUCCUCCCACCGCAGUGCAGGAGACAGAGACCGGUAUUGUGACAGGCCGGCGUCCAGGAUGCUCCUCUGGCAUCCACCGUGCACCCAGGGAGAGGGGGGCCGGCCGGAGGAG